AUGUCUUCAGUCUUCCCAAGCGCUCCUCUUCUCUCAACGACCAGUCUCUUGGGGGCCAUCUGCCUCUUCAGUACCACUGCAUACAUUCUCUAUCACCUCUAUCGCCUUCAUGAGAUUCGUACGACAACAGCACCCACCUCGGUGAAUUACCACUUCUCUCGCAAGUGUAACUAUACCUGCGGCUUCUGUUUCCACACGGAAAAAACGUCCUCUAAGUUAUCUCUUGAAGACGCCCAGCGUGGUAUGAGGCUGCUCAAGGAAGCGGGAAUGAAAAAGCUUAACUUUGCCGGUGGCGAGCCUUUCCUGUACACCAAAUUCCUAGGCGAUCUUCUGCGUUACGGAAAAGUCGACUUACAGAUAGAAAGCAUCAGUAUCGUAUCAAACGGCUCCAAGAUCACGGAGAAGUUCUUGCGCACGCAUGCAGCCUUCAUUGACAUCCUCGCUAUCUCCUGCGAUUCGUUCGACCCCCACACCAACAUCAAGAUUGGGAGAGGCAAACAUGGGAACAACAUCGAGACCCUAAAGAAAAUUGCCGGCUGGUGUCAAGCAUUCGGCAUCGAGUUUAAGAUUAAUACUGUUGUCUGUAGCCUCAAUUGGAACGAAGACCUAACUCGUCUAAUCACGCAAUUGCAGCCAUUCCGGUGGAAGGUGUUCCAGUGCUUGAUCGUUACCGGCGAGAAUGACAACGAGGAGCGAAAGCGCGAUGCCCGUUUGUUUCUCGUAAGUCAGCAGCAAUGGCAAACAUUCUGCGAUCGCCACAAGCAUCUAGAAUGUUUCGUUCCUGAGAGUAAUGAUAUGAUGACAGGGAGCUACUUGGUCUUGGACGAGAAUAUGAGCUUCCUGGACAAAGGCGAUGGAGAGGAGAGAGCAAGUGAAAGUAUUCUAGAUGUUGGGGUGAGGACAGCCAUGAUUCAAGUACGGUGGGAGCGCACUACAUUUCUCACGAGAGGCGGGGUUUAUGAUUGGACCAAGGCACGUUCGAGCGAGGGAUGCGGCACACAGGAGAACAAGGAAUUGGAGUGGUGA